CGGGCCUCCCAGUGCUACUUGGUUCGUAGACAGAGUGAGACGUAUAAGAAACCCACUCACAUACUCGCACCUUUCCUCCUGUCACGCGGGUUUUGGACAGAAUUAUGCUGAACGCGGCGAAUAUAAUAACACAGGAUGACGAGGCGCUGGAUCUCACCGCCUACAAGUGGGUGAAUAAGUCAAUGGAAUGUCAACACGGCUACAUCCCCACCGUCCCUGAGUACAUUGACGCUUUGGGACAGUACAAGACAGCUAUUCACAUUGUUAGUUCCCUCAUCACAGCUGCCCUCUUCCUCUUCUACGUGGAACACAUCGUCUUCACCUACAGAAACACUCACACAGUCUAUCGCAGACACAUCAACUGGCUCGCAUGCUUCUAUCCGGUGGGCGCCUUAAUGUCGACCCUGGCUCUGGUGGUGCCUAGAGCUCACAACAUUUGCAAUGCUGUUAAGAUUGUGUAUUUCUCGCUGGGUAUAAGACAUUUCGUGGAUCUGACUGUUGUGAUGUUUGGGUGCGAGAAGGGCAUGUUGUCUAAGCUAAAGGGAGAACACUUUGACUUUCACGUGAGCCUCCUGCGAUGCUUUCCAUGCAUACCCUCGCCCAGCAUCACCAAGAUUCGACUGCGUGUGCUCAAGUGGAUGUUGUGGCAGUUUCCAUACACCCAGACCAUCUACUUCUUCCUGGAAAUCUACUGGACAGCUUCUGAGAGUAACUCGCGUGGAUUGGUCCUCCUCAAUUAUGAUUACCUGUGGUUAGAUGUGUUCAACGCUGUCUCCUUCCUGGGCGCCAUCUAUGCCUUCACCGUGCUUGGUCAUCUAGUGAGAGACCACCUUCAUGCCUUCAAUUUCAAGAGGAAGUACGCGACACUCUUGCUGCUGCUGACGAUCCUGAAGGUGAUGGGUCUCGUGAUGGUCGUGUUGGGGAACUAUGAUUUCUUCCCCUGCAUUCCUCCGUACAUCAACUCAAUGGUGUACUCUCACACUGUGUUAAACCUUGUACACCUGGUGCUGCUGACCAUCUUCGGUGCCCUGGAGUACUGGCAGUACCACACGGAGGAGUUCCUUCAGCCCAUCUCCGACAAACACCACCAACACGCCCACGAGCUCAUCAUCCACGGACAAGCCUGCGUGUGUAUCAUUUCCGAGAUGACUGGAACUCACAACAGGAGGAGGAGGGCCUCGCAGCUCCCUGUGGUCCUCGAGGAUGACACACUCGGCGAAUUUCAAGAAGAAGAAGAAGAAGUAGUGAAGAAGAAGAAGGAGUUUGAGGUGUCCUCUGUAGAAACCGAGAAAAAACCCGUUCCUGAAGGUGAUAACAAUAGCAAGUACCUUGAAGUCCACAAAACCAAAACCUCUCCUGAGGAAAACGGGACGACCCCUGGUGUCAGGGGCUCUGAGGGUGAAAUAAAUGGGAACCAAGAGCUGACUUAUACUCGAUUCUGACGUCACACUUAAGAACAACAGGUACAUGUUAAUAUGUUAAGAUAAGGUUGAGAAAUGGUAGACGAAGACAACUCGAGACUCAGACAGCGAUUGACUCAUACCGUACACAGAGCUCACUGUGUCGUGAGUUGCGGGUUGUAUUAAUGGUCUCACCACACCGGUAAGCCAGCCAUUUUAAACACUUUGGUGUAGACUUUUGAAACUUAAUAAAUAAGUUAUUGUAAGUCAAAUAAUAUCUCCUCACAUUUCAUGAUUGUUUGACAUUAAGGCAAAGUUUUUCUCUUCCAUGAGAGUGAAGAUUAUUCUCCUCCCUAAUAAGACCUACGGUUAAAAACUAUUUACUACAUUAUUCUACAGUCUACAGUGUAUACAUAUAUGUAAAUUCUGUAAAGUUAAGGUCACACAUCGUAAAACAAGUUCCCUCACCUAACCGUUCAUACAUCUAAGUUACAGUAUGGCUAUAUUUUUUCCAACUGAAAAGCCACGCAUUAGGCAAUAAGUUUAACUCGUAAUUUUGUUUAUUUUUUUUUUCUAACUCAGCCUCACUAUUGGGAUGCAGUGGCCGAGGGAAUAUAGCUGGAUUCACACUGCUCAAUACCGGCCGCCAGUCUUAUAGGAUAAACUUUUGCACAAGAGUGUUAACACUUACUGUUUAUUGCUGACACUCAAUAGUGAUUACAAUGAAACCCCCAUUGGCCGGACGAGGCAAGAAAAGAAUACAAAUUCUACGCCAGACCUCUGAUGUGUUCCUAGAUCUCAACACUUACAUUCCUCAGGCAGAUGACGGGUGAGCGCCAGCAUCAUGGACCAUCACUUCGCCGUCCCUACACUACACUGACACUAAGACAGACGACCAUCCUAUAGUACAACUACAAACAUCACUACAGAAGAUCAGUGACGUCACACCACUCAUCCCAGAGGACUCAUUCGUCGUCUACACCGACGACUCACUGAAGGACACGGGUGCAGCAGGCUGCGCUUAUGCGGCCUGUUCCGUAAUGACGUGUGUCGCCGGAGCAAUGAGUCGUCUACCGGAUUGAGCGAGCACAAGGUGUGAACUACGGGACAUCCUGGGACCCCUCAACUACUUGCUGGACGAGGAGCGGAGUGGACUGGUGACCAGUGAUUCUCGUACUGAACAGAGUCGAUCACCUCACCCUGUCCCGUCUGUCAGGAUCUAGUGAGACAAAUCCAGCAUUGUCUCAUAAGGGCGAAGACGGACGCCCUCCUUAUCCACUUUUUUUAUGGAUCCCAUCCCAAAUUGGCCUGCACACUCCUUAUCCCUAACGACGCUUCAACCAUAACUCAAGAAAGUCGCUUUUCAAAUCAUAAACGAAGAACGAAGUGAACAGAAAGGUGCCAGUGUUAGUGUUCGCCACUGUGAUAAAUAUUGUGACACAAAAUAUUAAUACAGCCGGAAUAAAUGUCUGACUCGGCUCAAUGAUGGAGUUGCCAUCAGAAUCAGCCUUGGCUAUAGGCCAUGUUGUGAACUCAUGAGAAACCCUUCCCUUCCACUUACUCACUGUCGAAUUUGUGACGAAAAUAGAAAACACAGCCUCCAGCAUUACAUCUCAGAGUGCUCCUUGUUCCUACCUAACAAAAUCUUAGAGGCUUAGACGAACUCCGUAAAUUCUUCCUAACUACCAAUGUGUUGGACACUCUUUUACCGUUAUAUCUAACAUUUUGUACCAUAUAAAAUACCUGUUCUAGAAAACUACUGCUUGACUCACUUGUCUUGGCGCACGCUAUGAGGUGCGAGUUCCACUGUCUCAUUCCUUACACCCACUAGCAGUCAACUUGGGGUGCAGCUGCCCUACAAGGCGAGAGUCUGUGUAAUUCAGUUUGACGACCAGUUGGUCUGUGUAUAUUGGACUGUUGUCCCUAUGUAAGAGACGUAAAUAAAGACUUGAAAACUA